AUAUCACAUCAUGUGCAUGCGCAAGAGAUCAGGCGGAAGUGCGUCUCUUGUAGUUGUGAUUGUGCGGGACUUAGCAGUCCGACAUCACGGACCGGGCUUAGUGUACGUACAUGGUACUUAGGUUUUCGAGUACCACCCCUAUUUCUGCUUCUUCCAGCAGAUGGCUGGAGCGCACGUACCACCACCACCUCCUCCUCCUGCACCCAUUGUCUCGAUUGAAAAACUCAAGAGGAAUGGGGCACAUGAAUUCUGCGGAGACCAGAUAGCGGACCCUCAAAUAGCCAAGCGUUGGCAAGAACGCACGGUGAGGGUAUUGGAGAACUUGAAGGUACCCGUCGAGGAUUGGGGACAGCACGCCAUAUCUCUGUUGCAGGAUGCCGCCUAUGAUUGGUGGAAACGAGUGGGUGCAACCAUUCCCGUGCCAGUACCAUGGACUACCUUCGAGCCACUCUUCAUAGCAGAGUAUGUGCCCGAUCACUAUGUAGAUGCCAAAUAUGAGGAAUUCUCCAAUUUCACUCAGGGGAAGCUGACUCUCCUCGAGUACCGUCAGCAAUUUGACGGACUGGCCGAGUUUGGUAAAGACUUGGUCAACACCAUGGAGAAACGCUGCAAGAAGUUCAUCAAGGGUAUGAGACCAGACCUGUCGUCAACACUUAUAAUUGCUCCCCGAGCCGAUAUCAACGAUGUCUAUAAGAAAGCUCUUGAGCUGAACGAGGAACUCAUCAGGAAAGCUGCGUAUGAGGAGGCACUUCUGGAAGAAAGUCACACCGUCCAAUCUGGCCCGAAAAUGGGACAUGGUAGCAAGAGGACCUUCUCCGCACCGAGCAACUCUCGCCAUGAUAAGCGAGCGAAAUCUACUCCCUCUACAUCUGUGGCCGUCACUAGUAAGAGCGGGCAGGAGAAGAUGACAUACCGUAAUCCAGUAUGUCCACACUGUAACCGCAGACAUGCAGGUGAGUGUUGGCUUACACAGGGUCUUUGCCUCGGGUGUGGUUGGGCAGGUCACUUUCGGGACGACUGCCCGACAACCCAGGCAAGGUUUUCUCCACAGCACCAAGCACGCUGGGUGUUUCUACUAUUCGGCGGGCCGUGCCUACCUAGAGUCAUCGUUCUACGGCCGCGUCCAACCAACCAAGGAAGCCAGCAACUAGACAACAGCAGGGACGAGCACAAGCUCGUACGUAUGCAUGCAGGGACGUACAGAUCCGCAGGCCAAUGAUGUCAUCAUGGGUUGGCAAAACACCAGGCUAUUGUCGAGU